AAGUGAAGAAUCUCUGUCAUCUCUUUCUUUCCUUCACUCCUGACACGCUUCAUCAUGGAGUUGUUACAUGUAAUGCUCGUUGUCGCUGUCGUCGCCAGCACAGUCAAAGUUUCCCAUCAAGGGCCAAAUGAGCAAAGACUGCUAACAGACCUGAUGCAGGAUUACAGCAAACUGGAUAGACCUGUCAAUAAUGACUCUGAGGCACUCACUGUUAACGUAGGCCUGUCCUUCCUGCAGAUCAUGGAUGUGGAUGAGAAGAACCAGGUUUUUACAACCAACAAUUGGCUGCAACUGGGAUGGAAUGACUAUAAACUCCAGUGGGAUCCAAAAAAAUAUCCAGGUGUUCCCAACGUGAGGCUUCCUCCCGAUCUCGUUUGGAAACCAGACAUUCUGCUCUAUAACAGUGCUGAUGAAAGGUUUGAUGCGACAUUCCACACCAACGUUUUGGUCAACAACUCCGGCAGCUGUAUCUUCAUGCCUCCAGGGAUCUUCAAGAGCACUUGCUCCAUCAAUGUGCGCUGGUUCCCUUUCGAUGUGCAGAAAUGUGAGCUAAAGUUUGGCUCGUGGACAUACAAUGGCUUAAAGGUGGACUUGAAGUUUACUGCAGUGGAUACCCAUGGCUACAUUGAAAACUCAGAGUGGGAACUUGUUGAGGUCACAGGUCAGAGAAACGAGGUCAAAUACGCUUGCUGUGAGGAGCCGUAUGUUGACGUCACUUUCACUGUAUGGAUGCGGAGACGGACCCUCUUCUAUGGACUCAAUCUUCUCUUCCCGUGUGUCCUUCUCUCCAUCAUGGCUGUGCUUGUCUUCCUUCUGCCUGCUGAUUCUGGGGAGAAGAUCUCACUGGGCAUCACAGUCCUGCUCUCCCUGACUGUCUUCAUGCUGCUGGUUUCCGAGGUCAUGCCUGCCACAUCAGACUCAGUGCCUUUAAUAGCUCAGUACUUUGCUGCUACCUUGGUUAUUGUUGGUCUCUCAUUAAUUGCUACAGUCGUAGUUUUACAGUAUCAUCAUCGGGACCCCAAUGGAGAGAAGAUGUCGAAAUGGACCCGUGUGAUUCUGCUGAACUGGUGUGCCUGGUUCCUGUGCAUGAAGCCCCCGAAUGAGGGGCAAUCGGACUCUCACAACAAGGCUCAAGAGGAGAGCCUGAGCAGCAUGGAGCGUAAUGCUACCACACCAGCAACCAAAUCUAUGGGUGGAAAGGGAGGUGAGGAGAACGUGGAACCAGAGCUAGCUAAGAUCCUAGAACAGGUGCGCUUUAUUGCCAAACGUUUCUGUGACCAAGAUAAGAACAAGUCAGUAUGCAAUGAAUGGAAAUUUGCUGCAGCUGUUAUCGACAGGGUUUGUCUUGUGGCUUUCACAAUCAUCACUUUCCUCUGUGCCAUUGGGAUCCUCAUGUCUGCGCCCAGCUUUGAUGGGAAACAUUUUUAAGAUUUCUAGUUGAGGAGCAUACGAGAAAAUAAUGGCCCCAAUGAAAACGUGACCUAACCUAACUGUGUGAUCUGUGUGAUUUUUUUUUAUGAAUGUUGGCACAGUGCUAGACUGUGAGAAAUCCUUGGUCCAACCAUUUAUCAGAUGAACAAUUUAUAAAACUCCUGGGGCUGUAAUUCAGAUCAGAAAUCACCAAGCAUUUAACCUUAAAGAACCUGGUGAAAAUGAGUACUUACCAUUUAUAGCAUUUAUGUAAUACAGCUAAGUAGUAUACUAAAGGUUAACAUUUGCAUUUAAUCCAAUUGUAAUGUUUCAGCUGAUACUAUGGAGCAUAGUUGCAGUGAUGUAUCUGCCAAACAGUGGUUGCUUAUGUGAUGCUACAUGUGUAUUCAUGACAAUGUCACAACUGAAGGAUACUCCAUAUAUCAAACAUAAACAUGCUACAGUAUCAUAUGUUUAAAAAAUGUAUUUGUAUGACAUGAAUAUUAUCUAUCAAAUCAGUUUUGUGAUGUAUCAGCAUAGCCAUCUCAAUUUAACCAUGUAACCAUCAUACCAUCAUACUUAUUUUUAAUAAAACAUCAAUGAGU